AUGUCAGGAAAGUUAAUACUGCGGAGGCUUCCGGGGUUUGAGAAGAUAGCAGAGUCCAAACGUCCUGUUGGAUUUAACACUCCUGUCAUCAAAGGGGUCCCUACCAAAGACGCACUUAUCCAGCUACGGGGAGUCUUGUCUCCUAUUAGAACAUAUCAGUACUCAUCAAACUUGCGUUCAACUGAAUCAUGUUUAUAUAGCUGUCCCUUUUUUGACCUUAACUAUUACCCUCCGGAACACUUUCUUGCUCUCGCAAGGAAGAGCAGGCCCGCAUUGCAAGUCACAUUCGCGGAUCUGCCGAUAUUCAAUGCUAAUAUAGAUCCAACAAAAAGUGUUGAUGAACGAAUACAAAUGAUGGCUUCGCCCAGUGUGGUGGCUAAGCUAAAACAAUUAGAAAAGAUAUUGCAACAACCAGCAUCUAAAAACCCAAGGGAUUGGGCCUACCUUCGCAUAUCCACAUCUAAAUUCUUUCGCAAACAGUUUCUAAACGUUUGGUGCGGGUUGCCCCAAGCUGACUACCCUGUUUUGCCUUCUCAUGACCCCUCAUCCAAGCGUCCUGUGCCUGGCUGUGCUAAAGAUGGCUUAUAUCACUUCAACAUAAGGCUACUCCCAGGAAAGGGAGGUUCGGACGAGUGCGCUGAGCAUAUCCAGAAGAGCUUAACUCAUGUGACAAACCUGGAUUGGGACUCCCUGCUGUGCUCCAAAAACGGUAGAAUUCCUUGGCCUAGGGCCAUAAACCAGAAAGUCAAUAUAAACGCUAUCAACUGGAUACUACAUAAGGACCGCUUGCCAUAUAAGUACGUAGAGAUUCAGACAGCAUGA